AGAUGAAUAAAGCUAUUAGUAUACUCUUUGCAAUUACCUUAAUUUUUUGUUUCAAUCGACUGUUAGCGUUCUCAACAUCCACCGAAGAAACCACAUUUGAAAGUGAUAUAAAAUCGCCAAAUCUCGAAAACUUCAUGAAUGAUGUUUCCACCUUGAUUAAUCUAACGAAAGCAAUAUCAAGUCAAGCACGUCUUUUCCAUGAUUUCGAUCUGGAAACUUCUACAUUUUUCAAAGCAACGCCACUUGAUCUACAAGCAUUUCUUGCUCUUCAACCGAAUGAAACGAUGGCAGCAUUCACAAAGUUUUACAAUGAAAUUCGAAAGUCGUAUAUUCGGAGAUUUGAAAAGUUGAAAAGUAAGAUGCCAAAUCCACCUGAUCUAAAACCACCCGAAUUUAAAUAUUUUGAUGAUAUCGAAUAUUGUCUAUCGAAUGACAUUGAUAGAACAAAAUUAUCAUUUUGCUUUGCUCUUUUCUCCGACGGAAAGAUUGAAGAAUUAUUCAAAAAAGACAUGGAUCAGCUCAGCAAAAGUCUCGAAUACAAAAAUGUCGUCAAAAAGUUUAACGAAAGGCACUCUGAUAUAAGUAUAUUAGAUGACAUUAUUGACGCUGUUCAAGAAUUUACCGUAAAUGGUGAAUUUGUAAAAUCUUCUGCUUCGUUAUUGAGAACAAUCAGUCAAAAUCUUGUCAAAGUUAGGAAGGCUUUGAAAAAGAACAGCAAAGGUGUUGGUGAUGGUAUGAAGAGGACAUUAUUUGGCGAAAAAGUUAACCUCUAUGAAUCAAAAAUUAAAGAAGUUGCUGGAAUGUUGAGAGUAUUCAAUUCCAAGUGGCUGAAACAUGUACUUGGGGAUGAGAACACAAAGACCCUUUAUGAUGGACUCGAACCUAUCAGAAAUCAUUUGAAAACAAUGAAAAAAGUGAAGAAGAUAGUUUUAAAACAUCCGGAUAGCUUAAGAGCAGCUUUAUUGAUGUCAGUAAAAAUCAGUGAUCUGGAAAAGUGGAACGAUUUCGAAAUAUCGAGUACUAUCAUAGACGUUGUGGAGACUUGCGUUGUUAAUUUGCCCACAUUCACGAAAUCUUUUGAUUAUGAAAAAUUUAAAAAUAUAUUCAUUCAUAUGGAUAAUCUUGCCACUGAACUACAUAAAUACAUUCGAAGAGUACGAAAAAUAAUAAAGCAGAAAGAUAAAACCUUGGAUGAACUGAAGAAUAUACGAGUAAAAGUUAAGGAAAUCAUGAAGUCCGAUUCUGGAAAUUGGCGUCAAAUACAAUCCAAUUUAUAUAACAAAAUAAGUCCAAAUGAUACCAAGUCUAUCAAGAGAAUGUCCGAAAAUGUCACGCAAUUGAUAAGUGAUUACGAUGGAAGUGAAUUUGUUAAGAGUAUCAUCAACGCUCCGUCUCUUGAUUAUUUGAAUGAUGUUUUAUUAGAAGUUAAUGUGACAAAAGCUUUUACCAUUGGAAAAUGUUUGAGAACUGGAAACUUUAAAUUAGGAAAAAUAAACAAUAAUCUGUUUAACCUUCUUAAUUUUGAAUCAUUCAAAUCUCCUGAAACAGAAUCUGCAUCAAAAAUGGUUGGAUCUUAUAUGGAUGACCUUUCUAAAAUUCUGAAGGCGCUGAACUCUGCUAGAGACAAUACAUUGAAGAAGUUAAGUGAUGAGAUCAAGUAUUUGAAUAGGUUCAAUCAAUCCGAAGAAAUCAAUAAACCUUUACUUAUUGGAAAAGAAGCAAUAGAGGAACUGCAUAUUAACCAGAAAGAGAUGAAUCUCCUACGAAGUAUGUUAAGUUCAACUUCUCAUUUCAAUGGCAACUUCUGGAAAGUAUGGGAGUCUCAAGGCAAAAAGAAAUUAAACGAGACUAUUGAAAAAAUGAGCAAUUUGAAUUAUUUGAUGGGAAAUCGCGUGAAUAAUGACAUUUCAAGUGUUGCGAUUGUAUUUGACGAAGCUGCGACUUUUCAUGGAUUGGUUGGAGUUUUCAAAAAUUUCGAUGAAUUCAAAGAAAACGUGAAACAUUUAAAAGGAAGUCAGAAGAUAAUCGAACAAAUGGAAGGAAUUAAAGCUCUUCGUUUGGAUUUCACUUAUUACCACAAAGAACUCAAAGCUGCUUCAGAGAGUGUCACAUUUCUUAACAAAUUUCUUGAUGAGCUUUUUGAAAUGGGCAGGCAUGAAACAAUUUGGAUACAAAAUUCAAUUCCAUGGUACUUCAUUGUUCUCAUCAUAUUUGGAUCACUUGUUCUUUUCAUCAUUCUCUUGAUUAUCUUGUAUUCAAUAACUCCAAAUGGAAGAAGGAAGUUGAAACGAUUUUAUUUGAAUCGAUUUGCAUCAGAAGCAGUUACAAAUUUGCACUGGAGAUAUUCAUUCUGGAUUGAUCAAGAAGCUGAUAAAAAUGCAUUAUGUGAAGCUGUUAGAGAAAUUAAUUUCGAUCAAGUGAAGGUAUUGGUAGAUAAGGGAGUGUUCAUUAAUGUGUACAACAUGUUUGGAAAUACUCUUCUUCAUGCUGCUGCGAAAUAUGGACACGUUAAGAUUGCUGAUUUUCUCAUUCGGAAUGGUGCUGAUAGAGGAGCUUUUAAUGUUGAGAAUAAGACACCAGAACAAGUAUUGGCUGAAAGUGUGCAGACAACAACCAAAUUUCUAACAUUGACUAGUCCUACCAGUGGAAGUGAAGGAGUAACAAAGAGUAAACUGACAGAAAUGGGAAAUCUGACGGAUAUUGAGAAGAUUUUUGAGAAGCACAGAGGAAAAGUGUUUAGACAGAAACUCCCAGAGCUACUUCCAACUAUGUCGUAUCGUAUUCGUAUUGAUGCUCAAUUGACUGGUAUUACUUACGAAUCAUUCAUUGAAAGGUACAAAGGAAAUGUGACUGAUCAAAUGUCGGGUGUAACUCAUUUCAUUGUAUUAACUGAUGCUACUGGUCUUUUUGAAUCAGAUGAUUUUGGUUACAUAAUGUGCAUUUUCUUGCCAACAUUAAUCAUGAAACAGCAGUGGAUGAAUGACUGUUUGAAAAAGAAAUCAAACUUCCGAAAUGAUUAUAAAUAUCGUGUGGAAAGAGUGAAAUACAAGGGAGUCGUGUAUGAAACAGUUUUGAAAUGGGCCGAAUGGAUUCACAAACAAAAAAUUCCUUUCUUGUUUGGAGUACAUUUCCAUGUGGCAAUCGAGAAGAUGUCUGAAAAUGAGAAGAUGCAUUUGAAACAGUUGGUUGAAAUGCACGGAGCCACAUGGAUGGAUCAGAUGCCAAACAAAGCGAAUUUCAAUGCAGGAUCCCACCCAUUCCACCAUUUCCAUCUCGGACCACUUUUCAUUAUCCACGAAAAGAAGAAUAACAUGGAAACAUAUAAAAACGUGACGGUGAUGUACCAAAAGCCGAAAUUUAUUUCAAAUGGUAGUUCAAUUAUUCCUCAUCCAAAACGGUAG